AGUUAGACGUGAAACAGGGGAGCGGUAGAAGUUAGAAAUAAAUAUAUAUAAAUAUAUCUCUAUAUAAAUACACACGCAAACGCAUAGCAUAGCAGAAGCUUGCCUAGGGUUUUCACUGACUGUACGCAGAGGAACGGAGAUGGGUUGGCCGCGGUGCUUCCUCGACAUAAGCAUCGGAGGGGAGCUGGAAGGGAGGAUAGUGGUGGAGCUCUACAACGACGUCGUCCCCAAAACCGCCGAGAAUUUCAGGGCUCUUUGCACCGGCGAGAAGGGCAUUGGUCCCAACACCGGCGUCCCUCUUCAUUACAAGGGAGUCCGUUUUCAUCGUGUUAUUAAGAGCUUCAUGGUACAAGGUGGUGACAUUUCUGCAGGAGAUGGUACUGGUGGAGAGUCCAUUUAUGGACUAAAAUUUGAAGAUGAAAAUUUUGAGUUGAAACAUGAAAGGAAGGGGAUGUUAUCUAUGGCUAAUGCUGGUCCUAACACAAAUGGGUCCCAAUUUUUUAUCACCACCACUCGCACUUCUCAUCUCGAUGGAAAGCAUGUUGUGUUUGGCAAGGUAAUAAAAGGAAUGGGGGUUGUUCGUUCUAUUGAGCAUGUUCAGACUGGCGAAAAUGAUUGCCCCAGUGAUGAUGUUAUAAUUUCGGAUUGUGGAGAAAUACCGGAGGGUGCGGAUGAUGGAAUUGCAAAUUUUUUCAAAGAUGGUGAUAUGUAUGCUGAUUGGCCAGCUGAUCUUGACAACAACCCUGAUGAACUCUCUUGGUGGGAGAGUGCUGUACUGUCAAUCAAGGCAUUUGGUAACGAAUAUUUUAAGAAACAAGACUAUAAGAUGGCUCUUAAGAAGUAUCGAAAGGCUUUGCGGUAUUUGGAUGUCUGCUGGGAAAAGGAAGGGAUCGAUGAAGACAAGAGUUUGUAUUUAAGAAAGAUGAAGUCGCAGAUUUUCACUAAUAGUUCUGCUUGCAAACUGAAACUGGGAGAUCUAAAGGGAGCACUCUUAGAUGCUGACUUUGCUAUGCGUGAUGGAGAGAACAAUGCGAAAGCUCUGUUUCGCCAGGGUCAGGCACAUCUUGCUCUCAAUGAUAUCGAUGCUGCUGUUGAAAGUUUCAAGAAAGCACUGGAGUUGGAGCCAAAUGACGUGGGGAUUAAAAAGGAGCUUGCUACUGCAAAGAAGAAGAUUGCUGAUAGACGUGAUCAGGAGAGAAGAGCAUAUGCUAAGUUGUUUCAAUAGCGUUUGAGGAGGUUUAGUUUAAAAAGGAGAGCAAUGGUUAACUGGCUUCCAACAUAGAUCGAAACAGGAUGAUGCGUGGCCAUUUUCCACCGAAACAUUUUGAACUGAUAGUUGUUGUAUCAUGUACUAAUCUUUGUCACAACAGCAGGCCAUUGCCCUGAUUAAUAGUACUGUCAGUGCCUUUAAGGAUAUUUAUCCUGCUUGUUGAACUUUUCAGGCAAAUCUUUUUUUUUUUUUUUUUUUUUUAAACUUUUUUCUAUUUUGGAAGAAAUAUGUUAAACUAAAACACAACUCAAUUUCAAGCCCAGUAUUUAUCUUCGCUUGCUUCUUUGUAUGUAGCAAGAAGACAUA